CCUUCUUUUUCUCUUCUUUCAAGACUCAAAAUUUGAGGUGUAUUACUUUCUAUCUUGUUGUUUCAUCAUAGAUUCUCUUCACCCCAAUUUAAGUCAAAGAAAAAAGUGUACAAAUAAUUUCUAUUUUAUUUUCAGAAAAGAAAAAAAAGUACAAUGAAAUGGCUUCUAACAUAUAUAUUCCCCCAACAUAACCCCACUAGUGUUUCCUCAUACAACAACUAUACCUUCCAUUUAUUGAUGCAAAUCUAGAAGAAUCAAAAGAUGAAGAAUAAUCAAAGUAUGCAUUUUGCUCUAUCAACUGAUGCAAAACCAAGACUCAAAUGGACUCAUGAACUUCACCAAAGAUUCAUUGAUGCAAUUAAUCAACUUGGAGGUGCAGAAAAAGCAACACCAAAGAGUAUUAUGAGAGUGAUGCAAAUUCCAGGACUUACUUUGUUCCAUCUCAAGAGCCAUUUACAGAAAUAUAGACUUGGGAAAAGCCAACAUCAUCUAGAAACAUGUUCUGACAACAAACAAGAUUAUACAGAAAUUAAGAGGAGUGAUGAUGAUUGUGGCAAGGAAAUUGUGGACCAGAAUCAAAUCACUGAAAACAUGGAGAUAGCUCAUGCCCUAGAAAUUCAAAUGGAAGUAGAGAAAAAACUUUAUGAACAAAUUGAGGUGCAAAAGCGUUUGCAACUUCGAAUUGAAGCUCAAGAAAAGUAUUUACAAUCGGUACUAAAGAAGGCUCAAGAAACACUUUCUGGAUUCAAUUCUUCUCCAAUUGGUAUAAAAUUCACAAAAGAUGAACUCUCACAAUUGGUUGCAAUGAUAAACAAUGUUUGUCCAAGUUCUUCAAUUUCAGAACUAUCAGAGUCAAGAGAAUUAAUUUUAGAAUGUGGUAAGAGGAAACGGAAAAAUGGAACUAUGUGUUCAUUGGAAAGUUCUUUAACAUCUUCUGAAAGCUCGGAAAGAAAAGAAGAGAAAAAUUCAAUGGAAGAAAUAGGAGAUUUCAAAAAUUUCGAAACUGAUUCACUUGAAUUGCCACUAAGUACCGAGUGUUCAAAAGUGAUAUCAGUGUCGUGUCAAUGUUCGCGUCUGAUGUCUUCUUCUAUAGUUGAGCAUGAUGAUUUUUCUAAUGAGAGAAAAUGUGGCAACAAGUUAAAGAAAGCGAAGUUGUCAGAAAUGUUAGACCUGAAUAGCCAAUCUCAGAAUGACAUGGACUCAAGUCACUCAACAAGUUCAAAAGCAUUAUUAUUAGAUUUAAAUUGCAGUUUAAACACUUGUGAACCAUGAAGAUGGUUUAUAAAUUUUAUUUUAUUUUAUCACAUGAAACUAUGCUAUGUAGCACAAUAUCAUUAAUCAUUAUUAGAAAAAUAAUAUGUUUAUAUAGUAUGUAUAUUUUAUUAUAACGAAAAGAAAGAGUUGAAUCUAUAACUAUUGGUGCUGAAAAGCAAAAGCUAUUACUUGAAAAGCACGUAACACACCAAUAGGAAUGAAAAAAACUAGAAAAGAGAGAAAUAUUAUUGGAAUGGAAU